UCACCGUGUGCAAAAUUUGCAAAAAGAAAAUUUAGCUAAAAAUUUAAACAGAAAAUUAAAAAGUCUUUAUGGAAAGUUUUAUCUGUGGAGGUAAAAGGCUGAUGUUUAAAGCAACGAGGUAGUAAAACAUAAGUGGCUUGAACCAAAAUUAGUAUAGACCCGCUUAAAUAAACGAACGUAUUCGACCCGUCUCGUGGCACUCGUUCGACCUUGAUUACGUUGCAGAAAUCUUGUAAUUCGUGGCCAUUUUACGUCUCAAUUAGCCUCGUAAUUUGUGCGUCAAAAAAACUUAUUCAACGGGUACGCGAUGGAGGUAAAUAUUAAAUUGUAAUUCUAGACUCUUAAAGUCUAUAAUCAAAGAGAGGGAAAUCGUAAUAUUAGUUGGUAUAGGCUGCAAUUUAUAAAACAGUUAUUUCUUUUUAAAACUGUUUAGACGGAAUUUAAAUGAAAAUGCGUAUGAUAGCUUUGUAUGCCUUUUUAUGUUGUGUGCUGGAUACAAUUAGCUACGUACUGGGAGAGCCGGGUUACGGAGUUUCCCAAAACUGUAGCAGUGAAGGGGAUAAGGAGAUCGAGGUUCACAUAGGGUGGCCGUUUACCUUAUCUUGUAGCGAAGGAUCUAUGUCAGAACUGUAUGACGGCGAAGAUCAAACUUACGUUCAAUGUAUUAUCAUUGAUCGAAGCAAGAAACUUGUAGUAUUGAAUGAAACAUACAACAGUGACGAAGACGGAUACUUCGACUACGAUUCAAUGCCAGAAUAUGCAGUUGGAGACGUGAAAGAUAACAGUUCAACCAAUUACUCUAUAGUUCUACAGUUAGCUGACAAUCAAUGUUGGAUGGUAAACGUUCAUUUGGUUUUGACCGAAUCCCCGAACGCAACUUGCGAAGAGUCCUCACGCACAACGCAACACGCAUCAACGCGAAUGGCGCACGGACAAUCGUCUCACUUUACCUGCGUAGUUCCACAAAGUACAGCGCCGAAGAUCUACACAAACAACAUAACUACGAAAUGGUUACGUAAUUGUGGGGACAAACUACCGAACACAACAGUAGCUAUCGGACAUGGGAUACGCAUUGGGGGCUGGGAUUACGCCGAUGCAGGUGUCUAUACAUGCGCUGUAACAUACAACCAAAUGACAAGAUAUGCAGUUCACUAUACAGCUUGCGUGAAACCUCCAAAGAAUUUCGGGAAAACUACAUUAGUUUGCUCGCACAAUAUAAUCAAGGUGACACUGGGUUCGGACGCUGAGGUUGAGUGCGAAGCAAGAGGGGGACUUGAAGGGGUAGGCGACAUACAUUUCACUUCAUCUUGGAGAAAGGAAGAGGUGGGUGGGGAAAACAACAUUGUAUGUCGGGAUUACGGCAGGGGAGCUCGGCCAAGGAGUCGAAGUCAGAUAAUGAUUGAUAAAAUCGAUUGCGAAAUGAAGAUCACAAAACCGCAAUGCUUUCAUCAGCCGCCCACCCGGGAGCAAGAGGCGGAUGCUUUGAACCGAAAAAUUAAAAUGAAGCUUGUGAUCAAGAACCUUUCUCCGAGCGACUACGGCACUUACACAGCGGAGAUACGCAGUUCAAGAGGAACAGCCAAUGCAACAAUUGUGGUUGAGAAAAAUCACAUACCAAUUGUCACCACCAGAGCAGUUAUAAUCGGAGCAAUAUUUGGCGUGUUGGUCUUGAUUGUCCUAGUAUGUGGGCUUGUAUACGGAUUUCGAAGGUACAGAGGCAAACAUUAUUUAGCCACCGCAAAGUGUAUGCAUUGUCGCAUGCUUAGUAUUUAAAGGCAUUGUUUACUCCUGUUUUAAGAAGUACUUACCAUGCCCGCUUUUUACCUACCACUGCCUCCGCUAAUGAAACGUUCCGUGUCGUAUUUUGUAAUCACUGAUAUUGAGUUCGCUGUGCGUUGCAGAUUU